CUUAGCGAAUUUUUGAAAUCAAAUAAUUUUCCUCAUUGAAGUUUUUUUCCAAAAUGUUUUCAGUUUUCUGACAGAAGGCUAGUUUGAACAACUUUUGCAGUUUGUGUUUGUUUCUACACUAAGCCUUGCUGUUUCUUCCUGAAGCAGUAUUACUUGAAAUAAUACUGAUGUGUUGGAAAAGAUUACAAAAACGGUGCCACUCAGUUGCAGAUGUAGGAACGGCUUUAUUUCUCGUGUGUUGGAGCAUGUUUACGCGAGGAGUGUAAGAGCUGGAGCCCGGGCCCAAGCCGACUGGUUGGUCCCAGGGCGGAUGCCGUAACAUUGUGCCUGUGGUGGCUGCGCGGCGGCGGCAGCUUCUGCGAGCCCAGUUACCAUGGAAAAUGAGCUUCUGCAAACCGCCAGCAACUUCACCGACGUGCCCAAUUUCCGCUGCACUAUGUUCAAUUCCGACUCGGAGGAUUACAAAUGCGUCAUCAUCAUUGCAGUAAAGCGGGCCUCUGCCUCUUUCUCUCUCAUUGGGUGCUUCUUUAUGCUGCUUGUGAUAUGGUUAUUUCGGAAGUACAACUCUUUGGCCCAGAAAAUGAUCCUGAGUCUGACUUUGGCUGCAUUGUUUGACAGUAUUGCCUAUCUAAUGGGAGAAGUUAUCCCAGAUGGUGCUCUCUGCAACUUCCAAGCCUGGUGGCUUACCUAUUUUGACUGGUGUUCCCUGGCAUGGGUUUGUUGCAUUACGGCCAACCUGUAUUUCAACUUGGUGAAAGAAACCAGAACAGAACAUCUCGCAGCUGUGUAUUAUGUUGCUGCCUGGGGUGUGCCUUUCUUUCUAUCCUGUCUUCCACUCUUUGGAGAUUACUAUGGCCCCGCUGGAGCUUGGUGCUGGAUUACAGACGAACAUGUUGUCUGGAGAUUUGGCAUAUGGUACAUCCCCUUGUUUGUCCUCAUCUUUCUGAUGAUGUCCUGCUACCUUCACAUAUUUUAUAUAGCCAAAAAGAGGGUUUUAACCUGGUCUGGCCCAUAUGAUCCUGAAAAAGAAAGAAGCAAGAUCUUAUUAGCUCAAGAAAUCAAACCACUUAAGUGGUACCCAUCUGUAUACCUGGCAGUGUCCCUUUUUCCUCUCAUUAACAGGGUACACAAUGCAUUUGAUCCUAAUCAUCCUGUUUUUGUCCUGACGCUCCUGCAUGUUAUCACUGCUCCACUUCAUGGACUCGCCAAUGCAAUUGUGUUUGGAUUUGACAGAGAAACAUGGAGCCAGCUGAAUUUAACCUCUCUGCAGCUUGCUUUCCAGUCCCGAUUUUCUGAUACAACAUUGAUUAUGGAGUACCGGCCUGGGCCAGUGCGCUACGUGGCCCAUUUGGAAAGUGAUUCCUCAGACUCGUGUGACGAUGGCACAGGAGCAAUUUAUUCAUCCACCAUGACGUCUUGGGACAGGAGGCCCUGACAACAGAAACACCCUUCAACUGAAUAUGUGCACUGUUGGACUCCGAGACAAAGGAAGAGCCCCCUCUGUGACACUAGAGAUGAGCUGUCAACCUUCAUUAUUAAUUCUAGGCUCUUAAUAUUUAAUGUCAUAAAACUGGAACAGAAGCUUCAGAUUUACAGAGGAGGCACCGUGCUAAACACAAACACAUCAGUUAAAGAGAUUGUUCCUUUCAGCUGCCUCUGCUAGCUGUGCUUCAAACUAAAGAGAAAGAUAUACCAAUACAAAAAAAUGAAGACAAUUUGGAGUAAGUUGGUAAAAUAGAGUAAGCAUUUGCAACCGCUUUGUGAGGAGAUUGUGUUUAAAAUUUGUAUGUACAUGAAUUAAAUUUGAACCUUUUUCACACAGC